AUGCUAACGACGAUUUGCCACGCUGAUAACCAACCUCUUCUCGACGUCAAAGCCCUUAUUUCUCUCCUGGUGCCGAUCAUCCAAGCCCACCCGGGGCUGCUUGCCCGGGCUAUUGAUUCUUUCGCAUGUGAAACUGAUGGCGCAGCGGACUUCUGUGGCUUUGGAGUCCGACUUGGCAUCUACUUUGCCUGGGCCAAUGCUUACAUCGCAAACACACUCCUACCAUCUGAGAUUGCCGGCGCAUCUGACACCAACAACAUCUUCUUGCUAGUAAUACUGAUCGCCAUGAUAAAGUGCAGCGCCAAUGGCAUGCUCACCAGUAUCGAUGGUUUAAUUCUGAUGCAUCUCAGUGGCGGCUUUCUCUUCGGAACUCUCAGCAUCUGGGGAUAUCGGACGCGACAGUACUUUGACAACGGACCUCGGGGAAUUCGCUUCUUUGGUGGUUUCGGGACACACUCGAGACUGAUGGUCAGCCUAAUGAUAAGCGAUUUUGGGUUGUGGUUUUGCACAUUCGGCGUAGUUGAUGGGCUGGUGCACCCAGGGACGGAGGAAGAAAUCGUCGAAGAGCCAACCCCGCGGGAUUGCGCGACUUUGUAUACUUUCAUGUUUGCCAAAGUUCGAGCUGAUGCUAGAAACCGCAUAUUUUACAUCAUAAUGUGUGUUGGAUGUAUCGUCUAUUACGGGAUAAUGCUCCUCGCCUCCGGUAUCGCAGCUUGGGCACGGCUAGGGCAAGUGCUGCAUUUGUACAGGGAAAGACGAUGGGCUGAGACGACACGCCUGCAUUUUGCGACAGGCUUCAAGUACGGAGAGUGA